AUGGCAACCGCUGCCGGACCCGGCGCUGCUGCGGCACUCGCUGCAAGCACCGCGCGCGCCGAUGCGGCAACAGCACCUGAAUUCAACGAGACGACGACAGUCCUGCUCGAAUGGAAGCUCUCUGGCUUGCGUGCUAUGUACGACUCUAGCAAAGGAGACACCAAGAGCAAAUGCAUCAAGAGCGCCAUCUUUGGCGAUCCAGACAAUCUGUGGGAAGUGCUCUUCUACCCAAACUCGGGCGUCAAGGACAAGGACAGCGGCCAGUUCUUCUCCAGUCUGUACCUGUGGUGUGUGCCCACACAGCAGGAGCGCGAGAAUGCGCUCGGUAGCAAAUGGGUACGCAAGGGCCUGUGGUGGUUCCGCUUUGAGGUGCGCGCUGUAAACGAGUCGGGCAAGCCGGCGGUGUUAGGUGCGGCCAAGGAUGCAAGCAACCAUACGUUUGCAGCCGAGACGGCGACAAACUGGGGCUGGCAGAAGUUUGCGACGCGCGACUCGCUGUUCAAGCACCCUCUUGUCGAGAUGAACGACUACUUCACCAUCAUUUGUACCAUCACUUCGCAGCCACAACCUCCCGCCGGUCAUUGGCUGGGCCUCGGUAUCCGUGACGAACGGCCCACAGCGUGGAGUCGGGACGCGUGGACUGGGAGCGGCGGCGCGAGUGGUGGCGUUGGUGGAGGGACGUAUGCGGCAGGCGGGCCGAUGCGCGUAGUCCCGCGCGAUUUGAUCAGCUCUGUUGGCGAGAUGCUGGACGAUCCUUUAUACAGUGACAUCGAGUUCGUGAUCCCGGCGCCCAAGGGCACUGCCGCUGGUGGCAAGCGUGCCUCUCCACGCAAGAUUUACGCGAACAAGAAGCUCCUCAACCGGUGCGAUUACUUUGACGCAAUGUUCCACGGCGGGUUCGGGGAAAGCGACAGCAGCUUCGCCGAAGAGGACGAGGACGGGCUGGACCCCUUAUCGGACUCGGACGGCGAGGACGAGGCAAUGGAUAUGGUCAAGGGUCCACACUCUGGGAUUCCGCGCGUCGCCGGGGACCCGCGCGACGACCAGAGUAUUUCGAAGGGUGCGAACACACCACCAGGGACAGACGGUAGCCGGAGCACCAUCAAGAAUGACCAGGACAAUGGCGAUGGUGCUGAUGAAGGGAGUCACGACGGCGCAGAGACGAGCGUGUCCGGCCAGUCGAGUCUGCAAAGCCAGAGCGAGAGCGAGGACGAGGAGACGGACGGGAGUGGUGCAGGGCGUGACCAGGCCGUUGCAGCGGCGGCUGCACCGCUGACGUCGCGCAGGCGCGCUCCGGAGGAGUCGGGCACAGUAGUGGGGCCGCGCAAGACGCGCGUCGUCGUGCACGACUCGGCAUGGAGCACUUGGUGGGCGGUGCUGUUCUGGCUGUACACGGACGUCGUGUACUUUGCGCCGCUCGCCUCGUCCUUUGGUGAUCCGAAGACGACGACGGAGACGAGCCCUCGUUCCCGCAGGGAAUGGACGGCGCAGUGGCUUGCCGAGCGCGGCAUGACACACGAGACUGGUGAGGGGCCUGUCGGCCCGCGCCCGGUCUCGGCCAAGGCUGUGUACCGGCUCGCCGACAAGCUCGAUUUGCCGGCACUCAAGUUACGGGCGUUCCAGCACAUCAUAAGUCAGCUUACGCCGUACAACAUCCCUGCCGAGGUGUUUAGUAGAUUCAGCAGCAUGUUUGACGACGUGCGCAAGGUCCAGUUGGUCUAUUUCCUCAAGCACUGGGCCGAGAUCAAGAAGAGCGACACGAUGACGAACAUCUGGUCGCAGAUUCGGAGGGGCAAGCAUGUCGGGUUUGAGGAGGUGUGGCCGCUCAUUAUGAGUCAGCUCGACUACCGCUCGACUAGUUGA